ACUGGACCACCCUAGGUGCUGGGGAGCUGCAUCCGAGCCCGGUGCUGGCACAAUGUCAGCCCCACAGGACGAGCGGUUCGAGCUCCUCGAGAGCUUGGCCACGGCGCUGCUGCGGGUCCGGCCGGACAAGUGGGCCAAGUUUGUGGCCAGUGAGGAGACUGCAGUCAUGCUGGACAAGUUCUUCAAGCAGCCAGAAAUGCUGGAGCUGGUGCUGGGGCUGAACCCUGCUGGGGAGAUCCUGCCCACUACCUCCUUCCCACCUGCCCUAAAGGGCAAGGGAAUAUACUGUGUGAAGAAGAAGGGGGAGAGCAUCACUGGGGAGAACUGUCGGACUGGCCUGCUGGUGGGAGACAUCAGCCACUCACCCGUGGAGCAGCUCAUCACCGUUCUGCAGGAGAUUGUGUCCCCUCUGCUCCUGAGCGAGGAUGAGGGGGCAGGCUGGCCCAGGAUUGUGAUGGAGGACAUCGUGCAAAAGACUCAUCACCUGCAGAACAAGAUAUUCUUGAUGAACGGGAAGAUACGGGGAAAGCCACUGCUCCCACUGCCCGAGCACCUGGUCAGCUGGGAGGACUCAGGCGCCACCCUGGACUGCCUGGUGGGGCCCAUAGACGGUGCAGUGCUGCACUCCAUCGAGACCGUCAUCGUCGAGUGGUUCCAGCAGGUUGAUGAGAUCUUUGGCCAGGACCCAGCGCAGCAACUGCUGGAGGGGCUGCACCCCCUGCCCAGGGUCGAGUUUGAUUUCUGGCAGACCAGGAUGACCAAGCUGGAGUGGAUCAAUGAGCAGCUGCUCUCACCCCAAGUGACAGUGCUGAUCAAGACGCUGGAAAAGGCUGACAGCUGCUACUUGCCAUCGUUGCAGAACAUGCUGAGGGGCGUCACUGGUGGCCUGGAGGAAGCCAGUGAUGUCAGCCUCCACCUGCAACCGCUGCAGGCGCUGCUGGAGGAGAUGGAGCAAGCAGAUUACUCCCAGCUGAAGCCCUUCGUGCCCAAGGUGCUCUGCACUGUCUGCCUGCUCCGGGCUCACUGCGUGCACUACCAUUCGCCUGCCCACAUAGCCCGUAUCCUGCAGGAGAUCUGCAACUUCUUCAUCAGCCUGACAAAUAAAUUCCUGAACCCGGAGGACAUGCUGAAGGGGCUGCAGGGAGAACCCCACGAGACCUUGGAGGGACUCAAAUUAGCCAUCUCCACCACGGAGAAGUUCUUCCAGUCCUACAGCACUUACUGCUCUGACCUAAUGCCCACAUUGUUCCCGAGGCAGCCACAGCUCUGGGAGUUUCCCCCCACACAGAUGUUUGGGAGGAUGGACGCUUUCUUGCACAGGCUUCAGACCAUCAAGGAGCUGUUCCAGGCCGCCAUCGACUUCCAGAGGCUGGAGAAGAUGGUGCUGGGAGGGGUGCGAGGAAACUUCCUUGGGAGCUGGGUGUUGCAGAUCUCCGAGGAGAUCUGUGAAGCCACCAAAGCUUUUGCUGAAUGCAAAUAUGAUCCUUUGGAUCCUGAUGAAGAGCAAUGGAACAAAGACUUUGCAGAGUUCCAGAAGAAGGUUGAGGAUGCAAACAAGCAGCUGGCUGCCAUCUUCUGCCAGGGCUUUGAUGACUGUAACCGCCUGACAGCUGCUGUGAAGCUGGUGCACAUGUUUGCCUCUGUGCUGGAGCAACCCCUGAUCAAGGCUGAGGCUUCCCCCUGCUACGUGGCCCUGCUGGGAAUGUUCGAGGCUGAGCUGGAGAGCGUGAAGACGCUGUAUGACACCCGGUUCGUGUCCCCACCGCCCCCCGGCGGGGCCCCAGCCAUCCACAAGAACAUGCCACCCGCGGCCGGGCAGCUGAAGUGGUCUCUGGAGCUGCAGCAGCGGCUGGAGGGGCCACACAAGGACUUGCUGGCCAUCAACCACCCGGCCUUGGUGAGCACUGAGGCUGAGCUGGUGUACAGGAAGUACGAGGAAAUGAUGGGGCUGCUGCAGUCUCACAACAAGAGGAUCUACGAGGAGUGGGCAAGCGGACCUGGCAAGGACUGUCACUUCAGCCUGGAGCAGCCCCUGCUCCAGAGGGACCCUGAGUCUGGCCUCCUCAGAGUGAAUUUCAGCAAAAAGCUCUCUGCCGUCCUGCGGGAGGUGAAGUACAUGAAGAUCCAGCAGCAGCAGGACAUCCCAAGCAACGCUGAGAGCCUCUUUGCCCAAAACGAAACUUUUCAAAAUAUAGGGGACAACUUGGAGCUCAUCGUGGGCUGGUACAAUGAGGUGAAGCAGCAGCUGAUGCCAGUGGAGCAGCUGCUGCUGACAAGUGAGCUGGAGGCCCUGGACACCAGUCUGGCCCCUGCUGAGCAGACUCUGUUCUGGAACCAUGAAAGUGUCAUGGAAUACAUCCAGGAGAUGAGGAAGACCCUGCAUGACCUGCAGCAACGGGUCCAGAGAGCGAAGCUGAACCUGAAGAACAUCACCCAGCUGAUGGAGGUAAUGUUUGCUGGCACUUCACAAGCAUCUUUCUGGGACACAUCUAGCCAGGAUUGUUCUUUCCCUGGCUCAGCAGAGCAGCGCUGUUCACUCUCCCUGCAGGACUGUUCAGCCACUCCCUUGCUUGGAAGAAAGGACAACAAGGAAACCGCACUUCUGGACCUUGACGGGAAAGAAAACGCCUUAGCUCAGCGCCGUGCUCUCAUCGAGAGUACGGGCGAGAAGAUCCAGGGGAUGGUGAAGGAGAACGCAGAUCUGUUUAAGGCUGACCUGUCCUCGCAGAUAUGGCUGGACUAUGUGCAAUACAUAGACAAAAUCGUGCUGGAUGAGCUCGGCGCACUCGUUCACAAAUCCCUGCAGCUGCUGCUCACCAACAUGGACCCUGACGCCCAGGUGUCGCCGCUGUUCGAGGUGCAGAUGGAGCUGUCCGAGGACCGGGUGCAGUACCAGCCCUCCCUGGAGGCGGGGAUCGGCGACAGCUUCCUGGUGCUGGUGGAGGGGCUGCUGGGGGAGAUGGAGGGGGUGGCGUCCUCCAUGCCCCGGCUGCUGGAGGGCGCGAUCAGCUACAAGAGUGAGCUGGAGGAGCAGGCGGAUCUCCUGAGGAUGCAAGAGAAGCUGAUGUCACUGGUGGUCAGCACCAUGGCGGAAGGUGAAGAAUUCAGUGCCAGCUUUGAGGAGCACUCCAACCUGUGGCAGGAGAGCCCCGAGGAGUUCUUGCAUCGCUUCCUCACCUUGGGCAGUGGCCAAGGAGAGGAGGAGGCAGAGCCACCGCCAGGGAAGCCCUUGGCACCUGGGAUACCACCCCUGCAGCUCUUUCAAGAGGAGAUCGAUGCACUCGAGGCACUGCAUGAAGAGCUGUCAGAGUUUGAGGAAACCAAGGUGUUUGGGGGGUGGCUGCAGAGCGACUGCCGCCCCUUCAAGAAGGCGCUGCUGGCUGCCAUCAAGGGCCAGAGCCUGGCACUCCGGAACUUCCUCACCAGCCACGUCACCCGCAGUCUCCAGGAGCUGCAGGAUUUCCUCAAAGAGUCCACUGCCAGCUUGAGCAAACCUCUGGAGGAGGGAGACUAUGAGGGACUGGUGGCGGUGAUGGGGCACCUGACGAAGGCCAAGGAGAGGCAGGAGGCGACUGAUGCCAUGUUUGAGCCCUUGAAGGAGACAGUGGCGCUGCUCAAGGCUUACGGGGACAAGAUGCCAGAGGAGAUCCACCUGCAGCUCCAGAAACUGCCCGAGGACUGGGAGAACAACAAGAGGCUGUGCCUGCGCGUGGCGGAUAACGCAGCACCCCUGCAAGCCGCCGAGGCCGCCAUCCUCCGCAAGAAGUGCCAGGACUUCGAGGUAGAGCAGCUCGCCUUCCGGGAGAGCUUCCAGGCAACAGCCCCUUUCUCAUACACAGACCCAGAGCCCUACAAGUCACUGGACAUGCAACAAAAGAGCAUCAUGGCCUUGGAGAAGGAAAUGGCAGCCCUGGCCACCUCAGCUGCGCUGUUUGAGGUGCAGGUCCCAGAGUACAAACCACUGAAAAUGUGUCGCAAGGAGCUGAGCCUGCUGAAGGACCUCUGGGACAUGGUCAACCUGGUGAAUUUGAACAUCGACGCCUGGAAGACAACAAAGUGGGCAGAGCUUAACGUUGAGGAUAUGGAUAUUGAGUGCAAGAAAUUUGCUAAAGACAUCCGGAGUUUGGAUAAGGAGGUGAAGAGCUGGGACGCGUUCACAGGGCUGGACAGCAGCAUGAAGAACAUGAUGACGUCCCUGCGCUCCGUGAGCGAGCUGCAGAACCCAGCCGUGAGGGAGCGCCACUGGAAGGAGCUUGUGCAGACAACCAAGGUGGAAUUCACCAUGUCUGAGAAGACCACCCUCGCGGACCUGCUGCAGCUGAACCUGCACAAGUUCGAGGAGGAGGUUCGCGGCAUUGUGGACAAAGCAUCAAAGGAGGCUGGGAUGGAGAAGGUGCUGAAUGCCCUGGACAAGACUUGGGAAACAGUGGAAUUUGAGUAUGAGCCCCACAGCAGGACCCAGCUCCCGCUGCUCAAGAUGGAUGAGGUGCUCAUUGAGACGCUGGAGGACAACCAAAUGCAGCUGCAGAACGUGCUGGCCUCCAAGUACCGAGCCUUCUUCCUUCAGAGGGCACAGGAAUGGCAGCAGAAGCUGUCAACCAGUGACACUGUUAUCAGCACCUGGUUUGAGGUACAGAGGAAGUGGAGUCACCUGGAAACAAUCUUCAUUGCAUCUGAAGACACACGCAGUCAACUGCCAGAGUCGUCAAAGCAAUUUGACACCAUUGACCAGGAUUUCCGAGAACUAAUGGCUGAUGCAGUACAGACUCCCAAUGUGAUUGAAUGCACCAACAAGCCUGGGCUGUACACCCGGCUGGAAGCGCUGCAGGACAGGCUGGCAGUCUGUGAGAAGGCCUUGGCUGAAUACCUUGAGACCAAAAGACUGGCUUUUCCCCGGUUCUAUUUUGUUUCCUCUGCGGACCUACUGGAUAUUUUAUCGAAGGGGACUGAGCCCCUUGAGGUGUCCCGGCACUUGACGAAGCUGUUUGACAGUUUGGCCAAGCUGGAGUUCCUGCAGGGCUCUGAUAAAAAGCCUCUGAAGAUGGCCCGUGGGAUGUUCAGCCGGGACGGGGAGUACGUGCCCUUCGAUGCAGACUGUGACCUGUCUGGCCAGGUGGAGGUGUGGCUGAACCGGCUGCUGGAGCGCAUGCGCUCGACGCUGCGCAGCCUCAUCCCCCAGGCCCUGCGCACCUACGAGGACAAACCACGGGAGGAGUGGGUGUUUGACUACCCGGCACAGGUCGCUCUCACGUGCACCCAGAUCGCCUGGACCACAGAGGUUGGUGUUGCCUUUGAGAGUCUGGAGAAAGGUUACGAGAAUGCCGUGAAGGAUUAUAACAAAAAGCAGAUUGCCCGGCUGAAUGCCCUGAUUUCCCUGCUCCUUGGGAACCUGAGUGCUGGAGACAGAAUGAAGAUCAUGACAAUCUGUACUAUUGAUGUCCAUGCAAGGGACGUCGUGGCCAAAAUGAUCCAAACAAAGGUGGAGAGCUCCCAGGCGUUUGCCUGGCAGUCGCAGCUGCGGCACCGCUGGGAUGACGGGGACAGGCACUGCUACGCCAACAUCUGCGACGCUCAGCUCCUGUACGCCUACGAGUACCUGGGGAACACCCCCCGCCUGGUCAUCACCCCCCUGACAGACAGGUGCUACAUCACCCUGACUCAGUCCCUUCACCUGUACAUGGGGGGAGCCCCCGCUGGCCCUGCAGGCACCGGGAAGACAGAGACCACCAAGGACCUGGGCCGGGCUGUGGGCAUGAUGGUCUACGUGUUCAACUGCUCCGAGCAGAUGGACUACAAGUCCUGUGGGAACAUCUACAAAGGACUUGCCCAGACAGGUGCCUGGGGCUGCUUCGAUGAGUUCAAUCGCAUUUUGGUGGAGGUCCUGUCUGUCAUUGCGGUGCAGGUAAAAUGUAUUCAAGAUGCAAUCCGUGCCAAGAAGAAAACAUUCAACUUCCUUGGGGAGACCAUCUCCCUGGUCCCGUCGGUCGGGCUGUUCAUCACCAUGAACCCAGGGUACGCCGGGCGCACGGAGCUACCUGAGAACCUGAAAGCUCUCUUCAGACCCUGCGCUAUGGUGGUCCCCGAUUUUGAACUGAUCUGUGAAAUCAUGCUUGUGGCAGAAGGGUUCCUGGAUGCCAGGCUCCUGGCAAGAAAGUUCAUCACUCUCUACACUCUCUGCAAAGAGCUGCUGUCGAAACAGGACCACUACGACUGGGGGCUGCGGGCCAUCAAGUCCGUGCUGGUGGUGGCAGGCUCCUUGAAGAGAGGGGACCCUGGCUCUGCAGAGGACCAGGUUCUGAUGAGAGCCUUACGAGACUUCAAUAUCCCCAAGAUCGUGACAGAUGACUUGCCUGUGUUCUUGGGGCUGAUUGGAGACCUGUUUCCAGCGCUGGACGUUCCCAGGAAGAGGGACCUCAACUUUGAGAAGGUCAUCCGUGAGUCCGUGCUGGAGCUGAAGCUGCAGGCAGAGGAGAAUUUCGUGCUGAAGGUGGUUCAGCUGGAGGAACUGCUACAAGUGCGACACUCGGUCUUCGUUGUCGGCAACGCUGGCUGCGGCAAGUCCCAGGUGCUGAAGUCCCUCAACAAGACAUACAAAAACCUGAAGAGGAGGCCAGUCACUGUGGACCUCGACCCCAAGGCUGUGACCUGCGAUGAGCUGUUUGGGAUCAUUCAUCCAGCCACACGGGAAUGGAAGGAUGGUCUGUUCUCCACAGCAAUGCGUGACCUGGCCAACAUCACACAUGAUGGGCCCAAAUGGAUCAUCCUUGAUGGAGACAUUGAUCCAAUGUGGAUCGAGUCCCUGAACACAGUCAUGGAUGACAAUAAGGUUCUCACCUUGGCCAGCAACGAGCGCAUCCCCCUCACUCCCACCAUGCGGCUCAUCUUCGAGAUCAGCCACCUGCGGACGGCCACGCCGGCCACCGUGUCCCGGGCUGGGAUCCUCUACAUCAACCCCACAGACCUGGGCUGGAACCCCAUUGUGGCCAGCUGGAUUGAGACAAGGACAGUGAAGUCUGAGAAGGCCGCUCUGACAAUCCUCUUUGACAAGUACCUGCCACAAUGCCUGGAGAAGCUCAGGUCUGAGUUCAAGACAAUCACCCCUGUUCCUGAGGUCACGGCCAUACAGACAGUUCUGUCCCUGCUGGAAUGUUUCCUGACACCACAGAAUGUCCCACCAGACUCACCCCGGGAGCAAUACGAGCUCUUCUUUGUCUUUGCCUGUAUCUGGGCCUUUGGUGGAGCCUUGUACCAGGACCAGCUAGUGGAUCAUCGCCAGCAAUUCAGCAGGUGGUGGCUGACAGAAUUUAAAACCAUCAGGUUUCCUAAUGAGGGGACAAUUUUUGACUAUUACAUUCAUCCUGAAAAGAAGACAUUCAAUCCCUGGGAUGAAAAAGUGCCAGAGUUCGAGCUUGACCCCGACAUCCCCUUACAGGCUGCCAUGGUACACACCACAGAGACCAUUCGCAUCCGCUACUUCAUGGACCUGCUGAUGGAGAAACAGCGGCCAGUGAUGCUGGUGGGAAAUGCAGGGACAGGAAAGUCAGUCCUGAUGGGGAACAAGCUAGAAGCACUCAGCACAGAUGAGUAUUUGGUGCAGUCUGUGCCCCUCAACUUCUACACAACCUCGGCCAUGCUGCAGGCUGUCCUUGAGAAACCCCUGGAGAAGAAAUCAGGGAGAAUUUUUGGCCCACCUGGCACCAGAAGGCUGAUCUACUUCAUUGAUGACAUGAACAUGCCAGAAGUGGACAAGUAUGGCACUGUGGCACCGCACACGCUCAUUCGGCAGCACAUGGACCACGGGCACUGGUACGACAGGAACAAACUGACCCUGAAGGACAUUCGCAAUUGCCAGUACGUGGCCUGCAUGAACCCGACCGCGGGGUCCUUCACCAUCGACUCACGGCUGCAGCGCCACUUCUGCGUGCUGGCUGUGUGCUUUCCCAGCCGGCAGGCCCUGCACACCGUGUACGGCACCAUCCUGCAGCAGCACCUGGCACGGCAGAACAUGCCAGCAGCUCUCCAGAAGAUGCAGCCCCGGCUGGUGGCAGCAGCGCUGGCUCUGCACCAGAAGGUUGCCUCCAACUAUCUGCCAACAGCCAUCAAGUUCCACUACAUCUUCAACCUGCGGGACCUCUCCAACAUAUUCCAGGGGCUGCUCUUCUCCACCCCCGAGUGCCUGAAAACCCCUGUGGACAUGGUGCGCCUCUGGCUUCACGAAGCAGAGAGGGUGUAUGGAGACAAGCUGGUCGAUGAAGAGGAUCAGUACAGCUUCAAGAAGCUGAUGUCAGACAUCUGCAAAGCCUCCUUUCAAGAACUCAAUGAAGAUUUGGUGUUCGCCAAGCCCAACCUCUACUGCCACUUUGCCCAGGGCAUGGAUGAGACCAAGUACAUGCCAGUGGUAAGCUGGGCAGCUCUGAGUAACCUGCUCAGGGAAGCCCUGGAAAGCUACAAUGAGGUGAAUGCAGCGAUGAAUCUGGUGCUCUUUGAAGACGCAGUGUCUCACAUCUGCAGAAUUAGCCGGAUCUUGGAGUCUCCUCGGGGCAACGCACUCCUGGUGGGGGUGGGAGGCAGUGGAAAGCAGAGCCUGGCACGGCUGGCAGCUCACAUCAGCAACCUGAGCGUGUUCCAGAUCACACUGAGGAAGGGCUAUGGCAUCCCAGACCUGAAGCUGGACCUUGCUGCCCAGUACAUCAAAGCAGCUGUGAAGAACAUCCCCGGCGUGUUCCUGAUGACAGACUCCCAGGUGGCUGAAGAAUCAUUCCUGGUUGUGAUCAAUGAUUUCUUGGCGUCUGGGGAAGUGCCAGGCCUCUUUCAGGAUACUGACCUGGAAACCAUCAUUGGGUCCAUGAGGCCUCAAGUGAAGGCCCUUGGAUUGGAGGAUACAAAGGAAAACUGCUGGAAAAUAUUUAUAGAAAAAGUCAGGCGCCAGUUAAAGGUUGUCCUCUGCUUCUCCCCCGUGGGCUCAACCCUGCGUGUGCGGGCCAGGAGGUUCCCAGCUGUAGUGAACUGCACAGCCAUCGACUGGUUCCACGAGUGGCCAGAGGAUGCUCUCGUGUCCGUCAGCAGCAGGUUCCUGGAGGAAACACCAGACAUCGAGCCAGAGGUCAAGGCCUCCAUCAGCCAGUUCAUGUCCUUCGUCCACACGAGCUCAAAGGAGAUGUCCAAGACCUACCUGGCCAUGGAGAGACGCUACAAUUAUACCACGCCAAAGACCUUCCUGGAGCAGAUAAAGCUCUACCAAAACCUGCUGGCGGAUAAAAGGAGCAAGCUCUCUGCCAGCAUCGAGAGGCUGGAGAAGGGGCUGCUGAAGCUGCAGAGCACGGCAUCACAGGUGGAUGACCUGAAAGCCAUGCUGGCAAUCCAGGAGGUAGAGCUGAAGAAGAAGAAUGAGGACACAGACAAACUGAUCCACGUGGUGGGUGUUGAGACAGAGAAGGUCAGCAAGGAGAAAGCCAUUGCUGAUGAGGAGGAGCUGAAGGUCGAGGCCAUCAACAAGAUGGUGGCUGAGAAGCAACGAGCCUGUGCGAGCGACCUGGCAGAAGCAGAGGUGGUGCUCUCGGCCGCCCGCGAGGCCCUCGACACGCUCAACAAGUACAACCUGACGGAGCUGAAGUCCUUUGGGGCCCCACCACCAGAGGUAGUGAACGUGAUGGCAGCUGUGUUGGUUCUGACGGCCGAAAACGGCAAGAUUCCGAAGGACAGGAGCUGGACAGCAGGAAAAGUCAAGAUAGGAAAAGCAGACACCUUCCUUGCAAGCUUAAAAAACUAUGAUGGGGAAAAUAUCCCUGAGGCCUGUCUCAAGGCAUUUGAGCCAUACCGGAAGGACCCCGGCUUUGACCCAGAGUUCAUCAAGUCCAAGUCGACGGCGGCAGCCGGGCUGUGCUCCUGGUGCCUCAACAUGGUCCGCUUCUACGAGGUGCACUGCACGGUGAAGCCCAAGAGACAGGCAGUGGCCGAAGCUGACGCCGAGCUGGCAGAGGCACAGCAGAGGCUGAGUCGCAUUAAGAACAAAAUUGUGGCCCUGAAUGAAAAUCUGGCGACUCUCACUGCUCAGUUUGAGAGAGCCACAGCAGAGAAGAUCAAAUGCCAGCAGGAGGCUGAUGAAACCAAUAAAGUCAUCACCUUGGCAAACAGGCUCGUUGGGGGCCUGGCAUCCGAAAACGUCCGCUGGGCUGAGUCUGUGGAGCAGCUCAGAGAGCAGGGGAAGACGCUGUGCGGGGACGUGCUGCUGGUCUCUGCCUUUGUGUCCUACAUCGGAUACUUCACCAAGAGGUACAGGGCUGAGCUUCUGGACAACCACUGGAUCCCCUUCCUCAACGGGCUGACGGUGCCCAUCCCCAUCACCCCAGACCUGGACCCGCUCAGCCUCCUCACGGACUCUGCUGAUGUGGCUGCCUGGAACAACCAGGGGCUGCCCAGCGACCGCACCUCUACCGAGAACGCUGCCAUCCUCUGCAGCACCCAGCGCUGGCCGCUGCUCGUGGACGCCCAGCUGCAGGGCAGCAAGUGGAUCAAGAACAAAUACGGGGAGGACCUGCAGAUCGUCCGCCUGGGCCAGCGAAGAUACCUGGACAUCAUUGCCCAGGCAGUGUCAGAAGGACAGACACUGCUGAUCGAGGACAUCGGGGAGACGAUAGAGGCAGUGCUGGACCCGCUGCUGGGCAGGACCGCCAAGGGCAGAUACAUUAGAAUUGGAGAUAAAGAAGUGGAGUAUAACCAGCAGUUCCGCCUAAUCCUGCAUACCCGAUGUUUCAACCCACACUACAAGCCAGAGGUGCAGGCUCAGUGCACUCUCAUCAACUUCUUGGUGACACGGGAGGGCCUGGAGGACCAGCUACUGGCUGCUGUGGUAGCCCGGGAGCGGCCGGACCUGGAGGCCCUGAAGGCAAGCCUGACCAAGAGCCAGAACGAGUUCAAGAUCAAGCUGAAGGAGCUGGAGGACUCACUGCUCGCCCGGCUGUCAGCUGCUGGGGGAGAUUUCCUGCGGGACACAGCACUGGUGGAGAACCUGGAGAUAACGAAGCGCACAGCCAAGGAAAUUGAGGAAAAAGUAAAAGAAGCUAAAGUCACUGAAGUACAAAUAAACAUUGCGAGAGAGAACUACCGGCCAGCAGCAGAGCGAGCAUCCCUACUGUACUUCAUCCUGAGUGACCUUUGCAAGAUCAACCCCAUCUACCAGUUCUCUCUCAAGGCCUUCAACGGGGUCUUUGAGAAAGCCAUCCAACGUGCAAUCCCCAGCGAGGACACCCGGGAAAGGGUGAUCAACCUGACGGACCAGAUCACCUACUCGGUCUAUGUGUACACUGCACAGGGCCUCUUUGAGAGAGACAAACUCAUCUUCCUGGCCCAGGUUGCCUUCCAGGUCCUGGCCCUCAAGAAAGAAGUGAACCCCGCAGAGCUGGACUUUCUCUUGCGCUUCCCUUCCAAGGCUGGCGUCACAUCCCCUGUGGACUUCCUGCAGCCCCAGGCCUGGGGUGCCGUCAAGGCGCUUUCAGAAAUGGAAGAGUUCAGCAGCCUGGAGAGCGACAUCGAGAGCUCAGCAAAGCGAUGGAAAAGGUUUGUGGAGAUGGAGGCACCAGAGAAUGAGGUGUUCCCCAUGGACUGGAAGAACAAGACAGCCCUGCAGAGGCUGUGUGUGCUGCGGUGCCUGCGCCCUGACAGGAUGACCUACGCCAUCAGGAAAUUUGUGGAAGAGAAGAUGGGAAGCAAGUAUGUCAAAGCAAGGAGCAUUGAUCUCUCUGAGGUGUACAAGGACAGCAGCCCCUCCGUGCCCCUGUUCUUCAUCCUCUCCCCCGGUGUUGACCCGCUGAAGGAUUUGGAGGCACUGGGCACCAGGCUGGGCUUCACCAUUGACAACGGGAAGAUCCACAACGUAUCACUGGGGCAAGGCCAGGAGGUUGUGGCAGAGCAUGCCAUGGAGGUGGCAGCUGCAGAGGGCCACUGGGUCAUCCUGCAGAACAUCCACCUAGUGGCCCGGUGGCUGGACACGCUGGAGAAGCUGGUGGAGCACCACAGUCAAGACAGCCACCCCGAGUACCGGCUGUUCAUGAGCGCCGAGCCAGCGCCCAACCCCGAGGCGCACAUCAUCCCACAGGGGCUGCUGGACAACUCCAUCAAGAUCACCAGCGAGCCGCCCACGGGCAUGCGCGCCAACCUGCACGGGGCCCUCGACCUCUUCUCACAGGAAACACUGGAGCAGUGCAGCAAAGAAAACGAGUUCAGGUGCAUCCUGUUUGCACUUUGCUACUUCCACGCAGCGGUGGCCGAGCGGCGCAGGUUCGGAACCCAGGGCUGGAACAGGUCCUACCCCUUCAACAACGGCGACCUGACCGUCUCCGUUAACGUCCUGCACAACUACCUGGAGGCCAACACCAAGGUCCCGUGGGAUGACCUCCGGUACCUCUUUGGUGAGAUCAUGUACGGGGGGCACAUCACGGAUGACUGGGACCGCCGGCUGUGCCGCACAUACCUGAGCGAGUAUGUCCGGCCCGAGAUGCUGGACGGGGACGUGUCCUUGGCUCCGGGGUUUAUGAUCCCUCCCCGCAUGGAUUACGAGGCCUACCACCAGUACAUCGACAACAACCUGCCAGCAGAGAGCCCCCACCUGUAUGGCCUGCACCCCAAUGCAGAGAUGGGAUUCCUGACCGUCACCUCGGACAGGCUCUUCCGCACGGUGCUGGAACUGCAGCCCAAGGAAUCCGAGGCUGCCGGAGGCUCAGGCACCUCCCGAGAGGAACAGGUGAAGUCAGUCCUGGAUGAAAUCCUUGGGCAGCUGCCGGACCCCUUCAACAUGGAGGAUAUGAUGGGAAAGGCAAAGGAAAAAACCCCAUACACUGUGGUAGCCCUCCAGGAAUGUGAAAGGAUGAACAUCCUGACCAAUGAGAUCAGGCGCUCACUGAAGGAGCUGGACCUGGGACUGCAGGGAGAGCUGACGAUUACGUCCGAGAUGGAAGAGCUGGGAAAUGCUCUCUUCUAUGACAGUGUUCCAGAAUCUUGGACACGUUAUGCCUAUCCCUCCCUCCUCAGCUUGGCAACCUGGUAUGCGGACCUGCUCCUGCGGAUCAGGGAACUGGAAGUCUGGGCAACAGAUUUUGUGCUGCCUGCAACAGUGUGGCUGGCGGGAUUCUUCAACCCCCAAUCCUUCCUCACAGCCAUCAUGCAGUCCACAGCCAGGAAAAAGCAGUGGCCCCUGGAUAAGAUGUGUCUGGCAGCGGAUGUGACCAAGAAGACCCGCGAGGAGAUAACAUUUCCCCCCAGAGAAGGCUCCUACGUGCACGGGCUGUUCAUGGAAGGCGCGCGCUGGGACGUGCAGGCGGGGUCGAUGGCGGAGGCGCGGAUGAAGGAGCUGACGCCCGCCAUGCCGGUGAUCCUGCUCAGAGCCAUCCCCGUGGACCGCACCGACACCACCAACGUCUACGAGUGCCCCGUCUACAAGACGCGGACGCGAGGGCCCACCUACGUCUGGACCUUCAACCUGAAGACAAAAGAAAAAGCAGCCAAGUGGGUCCUGGCUGGCGUGGCUCUGCUCCUAGAGGCCUAGACUUAAAUGACAAUGGAAAACAGCAAUACUUUUACUUGUAAAACCCUCCAAGUUGUGUAACUCAGUCUACGUUUGAUUGUACCAGAACCGUUUCAGUGAAGUAUCAAUAAAAGCAGUGCUGGAGGCUGCUCUCGCAGCGCACGGCGCUCUCGGGGAGGAUACUGGUUUUCCACUGGUGGUUUCUGACGUGGCGCUGGUGGGGAGCCAGACCACCGUGGGAAGCCAGACAGAACAACUGCACGCAAGUGCCUGACUCCUUUCCCUCUUCUGGCUCUCCAUCUUCCCACAGCUCUUUGUGUGACGGCUCAGUGAGAACUGAGCAGAAACUCCUCAUGCUCCUGCAUGGAGCACAUGUCUGGCUGGAGCAGACAGGGGAAGAAAGGUGCAGAUUUGGUCCAGUUCACCCACACCCAGCCUGCAGAGCCCAGAGAAGAUCCAGCUGCAAACAGGUUCCUCUCUGAAGUAUUUCUAUUUCUAGGGUACAGAACGUACUCAGCCCUUUCUUCACAACAAAUAAUUUGUAUUGGCAGUAACACACGUUAAAGUGAACAGAUCUGCCAAGGCUGGUCCCUUUGGCAUAAAACAAUUCACCAAAAUCCCACCCUGUGAAAUAUUUGAACAAUUAGUUCUACACUACCUCAAACUUCCCUCACAGCUCAGUCAGACAAGCCCCAAGGGCAGGCACAGAGAGCAGCUCAUUUCUUUAUGGAGCAGCAGUAGCAGUAUUUAUAAUCAGUUACAACUCGCGUUUCACACACCAUCAGCUUUUUUCAGGUGCCAGAAAUCCUGUUUGUGGCACUGCCAGAUCAGAAACGCUUGCUCACAACCUACCCUGCACUCCCUCACGUUUUUACUUGGCUUCCAAACACCUUCUUUGCAGGAUGUUAUGGUUCAAGCCUCCUACUUCCAGUAAGUGACAUCCCAAAACCCACACGAGCACCAAAAAUCUUCUCCUGCCCUUUCGCAACUCAUGAAAGACACUUGUAACAUAUCUGAAUGUGAAGGAGCCAGGCAAACCCUGCUGAGGGGCAGGACAUAAUUGGGUAAGUAAAAGGGAUAUGGGAACAUGCAGCAUCCUGGGCACACGUGCAGCAGUGCCAACAGCACGGACAGUGCAUGGCUCAGGAACAGGCAAGAGUGAUGUCCUGAAGCUCACAAGGGCUCGAGCCGUGGGGCAGUGGAACCACCAGGAACCCCAGGACACAACAAAACAGAAAAGCAAAACCAAUUGCCCCUGUUAUCCCUGUUAAUCCAGCCCUGACUGGAUACAAAGAUAAAACAUUUUAAGUAUUCCAGCAAUGCUUUCUAUUGGCUGGUCAAGACAACACAACACAAUCUGUUUCUGUGAAACUCUGAAAGGGACAUUUCAGAAAUGGGAGUUUCAUUUCCAUGCAUGGAAAAUGCCACUGUAUGGGUUCUCUGUCAGCAGCCCUUCCAAAAAUUCUAGUAGACAAAGCCCAGUCAGGACCUGAGCACUGAUCCCAGUCCACGGAAGCCCAGAGGAACUGAGAAGUGCCUGGUUUUCCCCACAUCAUCUGCAUGUCCAUUGUCCUUCAUGACAGAGCACUUCAGCUAUUUACUGCAGUCAGUGCAAUAUAAUUCCCCAUAAUGGCA